GGAAGUACAUCGGUUUUGAUUUCUGGGAAAAAAAGUUUAAAAUAUUUUGACGAAAUAACAAAAACUUCUGAACGUCGCGCAUCGAUAUGGCCAGGAAACCAGAAAUGCUGCUGCUGCAGCCUGCCGACGAACUGGUGUUCAAAGGACCAUUUAACCGCUCAGUUUGCCAAAAUAUAUUGUUGACCAAUCCCAACAAGCAGGUGUGGGUAUCCUUCAAGAUGAAGACAACUUCUCCACGUUUGUUCUACGUGCGCCCAAACAUAGGAAUCAUUGGACCUGGAAAGUCGCUAAAUAUUGAAAUAUAUAUGCAGCCGAUGGUCCAGUCAGAGGUAAAGCAGAAGCGUCACAAAUUCCUGAUUCAGGCUGCAUUGGCAACCGAGAACAUUGAGUUGCAAGAAUUCUGGAAGGCACUUAAGCCGGAGCAGAUCUGGGACACGAGGGUGAAGUGCGAGCUUCUGUCGAGCAAGAAUAAUAACGACAAGGAAGAUGAUUCGGAAACCUUGCGAGAAGCCGGGGGUCUAGACACAAAAAUUAGCAGUCGUGAGGAUAGCGACUGCGAAGCAAAGGACGCAGAGCCGGCCAAAGUCGACAAACUAAAGCAAAAGAUCAGCGUUCUUGAAGAAGAGCGCCUCUACAUGAAACAGGAGCUCAAGACACUUCGCAAGGCCAAGGAUGAGCCGAACACGUCUGCUGUUGGAGGUGCCAUGGUUCAAUUGAAGCGACGCAAGUUGUUUUAUUGGAUAGCUACCAUUCUAUCCAUGAUAUGUGCCAUUGUUGGCUUCAUAUUGGGCAAGCAUUAUUAUAUGUAGGGUAAACCUAGACAUGGAAACAAGGCGAGAUUAUAUUAAAUACAGCGCAGCGAAAUUUUUUGUCAAAUAAAUGAAUGAACUUAUUAUUAACGUCACAGCCAAA